UUUAUUUUUUCGCUCUCGUCUUGCGAUACGAUGCUUAUAUAUAUAGAUAGUUGGCGAUUUGAUCCAUCGGCUGGUCAGAUCUCCACUAGUCUUCUCGUCGUUCCACUACGUGGAAUCGCCGGAAGGGUUCCGCACCUUCAGAUCUGAAGAGGGGCCUUCGGUUCCCUUCUCGUCUUUCUCUGACUGCAGGAGCCCUAGCAGAGGCCAGAUCCAGGCCCAAUGGCUGCGGCCAACGCCCCGAUCGUUAUGCGGGAAGCUUUGACGCUUCCGAGCAUCGGGAUCAAUCCUCAGUUCAUCACGUUUACACAUGUUACUAUGGAAUCGGACAAGUACAUAUGUGUUAGGGAGACCUCUCCGCAGAACAGUGUGGUCAUUGUCGACAUGAAUAUGCCGAUGCAGCCGCUGAGGAGGCCAAUUACUGCAGACUCUGCUUUGAUGAAUCCCAACAGCAGGAUUCUUGCUCUUAAAGCCCAAAUACCAGGAACUACUCAAGAUCAUUUGCAGGUAUUCAAUAUUGAAGCAAAGACUAAAAUCAAAUCUCAUCAGAUGCCUGAACAGUUAAUGAUGUUAAUUCAGUUGUCUUUUGGAAAUGGAUCACCCCAAAGAUAUUGGGUAUAGUUACACAAACUUCAGUUUAUCAUUGGCCAAUAGAAGGUGAAGCAGAGCCUAUCAAGAUGUUUGAUUGAACUUCUAAUUUGACAAAUAACCAGAUCAUCAACUAUAGAUGUGACCCCUCUGAGACAUGGCUUGUGCUUAUUGGAAUUGCACCAGGUACUCCAGAGAGGCCACAACUGGUCAAGGGAAAUAUGCAGCUCUUUUCUGUUGACCAGCAGCGGAGCCAGGCACUUGAAGCUCAUGCGGCAUCGUUUGCAUCAUUUAAGCUGGCUGGGAAUGAUAAACCUUCAAUUCUUGUUUGUUUUGCAUCAAAGACAGUGAAUGUUGGACAGAUCACUUCAAAAUUGCAUGUCAUUGAAUUAGGUGCUCAACCAGGAAAGCCAGGAUUCACAAAGAAGCAAACAGAUCUGUUCUUUCCUCCAGAUUUUGCAGAUGAUUUUCCAGUGGCAAUGCAGAUAUCCCAAAAGUACAGUUUGAUAUAUGCUAUCACAAAGCUCGGCCUGCUAUUUGUAUACGAUCUGGAAACAGCAACAGCAGUUUACAGAAAUCGCAUCAGUCCAGAUCCUAUAUUCCUUGCAGCAGAGGCCUCAAAUGUUGGAGGUUUUUAUGCAGUAAAUCGAAGGGGACAAUUUCUACUGGCUACUGUCAAUGAAGCAACUAUUGUGCCAUUUCUAAACAAUUUGGAGCUCGCUGUUAACCUUGCAAAACAUGGAAACCUUCCAGGAGCAGAGAAUUUGGUUGUACAAAGGUUCCAAGAACUAUUCUCCCAGACAAAAUACAAGGAGGCUGCUGAACUUGCUGUAGAAUCUCCACAAGCCCUUCUUCCGACUCCAGAGAUUGUAGCAAAGUUUCAGAGUGUUCCUGUCCAAUCUGGCCAAACACCACCACUGUUGCAAUACUUUGGAACACUAUUAACAAGAGGGAGACUAAAUGCUUUUGAGUCUUUUGAGUUAUCCCGGCUUGUUGUGAACCAGAAAAUUUAUUGGAAAAUUGGUUGGCUGAAGACAAACUUGAUUGAAGUGAAGAACUUGGGGAUCUUGUAAAGAAUUUACUAGUCAUCACACACAAGAGAUUGAGUUGACCAUCUAUGAGUGAUAUUUCUUUAGACAGUGGACAAUGAUCUUGCACUGAAGAUCUACAUUAAAGCAAGGGCGACUCCUAAAGUUGUUGCCGCUUUUGCUGAGCAGAGGGAGUUUGACAAGAUACUUAUUUACUCAAAGCAGGUGGGCUAUACACCUGAUUAUCUUUUCCUUCUCCAGACAAUUCUAAGGACUGAUCCUCAGGGAGCAGUCAAUUUUGCUCUUAUGAUGUCACAAAUGGAGGGAGGCUGCCCAGUCGAUUAUAAUACAAUAACUGAUCUCUUUCUCCAGAGAAAUUUGAUUCGAGAGGCAACAGCAUUCCUGCUAGAUGUGUUGAAGCCAAAUCUACCGGAGCAUGCAUUUCUUCAAACAAAG